GACCAAACCAAAGAUGGACAGUCCGCCCUGCUGCCUGUUGUUCCCCCAUCCCGCCAAUGAGCGCCGCGAUGCCGCUCCGUGCCAGUCCAAUGAGAGCACCUCGGAUCGAGAAGAGGACAACAACCAGCUCACAGUGUGCCGGAUGAAUGCAUGUUGGCUAUGAUUUUUAUCUCUGUGGUGUACAGUGGAUCAAGCUGAAUAAAAUGUGUGAUGUGAUUUGUUGGUGGAAAUAAUACAUUUUCUAAUGUGCUGCUGUGGGGCUGCAGGACUUGCGUCCUAUUGUUGAGGCCACAUGUGAAUCUGAAGCCAUGGAUCGCUGUAAGCACGUGGGACGCCUUCGUCUGGGACAGGACCAUUCAAUCCUCAAUCCACAGAAAUGGCAGUGUGUGGAGUGUAGCACCACCGACUCUGUGUGGGCCUGCCUCAAGUGUUCCCAUGUGGCCUGUGGACACUUUGUAGAGGAGCAUGCUCUCAAACACUUUCAGGAGUCACAGCACCCGCUGGCCAUAGAGGUGCGUGAGUUGGACGUUUUCUGCUUUGCCUGUGGAGACUAUGUACUAAAUGACAAUGCAGAGGGAGACCUCAAACUCCUCAGAGGUGCACUCUCUACAGUCCGCAGCCCAGGCAAACGCUCACUCCGCUCUUCUGCUGGGGCAGAUGGUUCCCCCUGGCUCUUAGAAAAUGGACCCCAUCCAGGCAUGCAGUUUGCUUCACGCUUUAGGAGGAAAGCACUUUUAGGAAAAAUGUUAAAGAUGUGGAUGAACAAACACACAGAACGACAAGAUCAGCGGCAAGAAAAACUCGAAGAAGCAAAAAGACAAAAGAAAGAAGUGAAGAAGAGACUGCUGGAUGAGUUGGGCAGCGUCCCUCCCAGAAAGAGUGCUCGUCUUCUCACUCAGGGGCCUCGUUCCACCAUCACACUCAUUCCUCGCAAGUUUAGGGACCCUCCAGAACGGCUACCUCCGCCCCCCAAAAAGCCUCAUCUUCUGCCCUUGUCUCCCAAGCCCUCUCAGAAUGGGAGAGCUGCUAAGUUACGGAAAUAUUACUCCACACAUGCUGUUUCUCGGCGCAGACUGGCUCCGGGCGUUACUGGAUUGCGUAACCUGGGAAACACAUGUUACAUGAACUCAAUACUGCAAGUGCUCAGUCACCUGCAGAAAUUCAGGGAGUGUUUUCUCACGUUGGACCUGUGUGAAACAGAGGAGCUGCUGGCUAAGACGAAUCAUGCUCAGCAGAUGAAAGAUGUGGCUGGAGGAGUUGUUAGUUGUGUUGACACGACUCUGUCUGGUUGUCCUCUUGGAGGCACUGGAAAAGAGGGGAGUUUGAGUCUCUCUGAGGGUGUGAAGGAAGCUGCUCUUCCACCUCAGACUGCUGAGCUGGUUCAGCCCAAAGAGCCUCGCAGUUCCACCCGCCAGCGCAUGUCUUUGUGCCAUGAGUUACACACACUUUUCAGGGUGAUGUGGUCCGGCCGCUGGUCGCUGGUGUCUCCCUUUGCCAUGCUCCACUCCGUGUGGAACCUCAUCCCAGCGUUCCGUGGCUAUGACCAGCAGGAUGCCCAGGAGUUCCUGUGUGAGCUGCUCGACAAAGUUCAGCAGGAGCUGGACACAGAAGGAUCCAAGUGCAGGAUUGUUAUCCCCAUCACCAAGAGGAGACUUUCUAAGAAAGUGUUAAAGGUUCUCAAUACCAUCUUUCACGGGCAGCUACUCAGUCAGGUGACGUGUUUGUCAUGUAAGCACAAGUCUAACACCAUUGAGCCAUUCUGGGACCUGUCUCUUGAGUUUCCAGAGCGUUAUCACAGUGUAGAAAAAGGGUCAGGCUCCACAGCUUACCAGCGCAGCUGCACUCUCACUGAGAUGCUGUCCAAGUUCACUGAAAUGGAGGCUCUUGAAGGCCGCAUUUAUGCCUGCAAUCACUGCAACAAAAGAAGAAGAAAAUCCUCUCACAAACCCUUACUUUUGUCAGAAGCAAGAAAGCAGCUUCUGAUUUACCGUUUACCUCAGGUUCUACGGCUGCACCUCAAACGCUUCAGAUGGUCAGGGCGUAACCAUCGAGAGAAGAUUGGCGUCCACGUGGCCUUCGACCAGGUCCUGAACAUCAAAGCGUACUGCUGCACAGGUGCGGGUCAGUCGGUGCACAGAGGAGGCUAUGUGUACGAUCUGUCUGCUGUCGUGAUGCAUCACGGCAAAGGCUUUGGCUCAGGGCACUACACCGCAUACUGCUACAACACUGAAGGAGGUUUCUGGGUCCACUGUAACGACUCUGACAUGAAAGUUUGCAGCGUGGAGGAAGUGUGCAACACUCAGGCCUAUAUUCUUUUUUACACCCAGAGGUCUGCUUAGAAACCUCAUAGGUACCUCUUGUUGUGAUGUCAACCACAACUUAGAAACUUAGGGCUACAUUUAGAAUAAAUGUUAUCUGUUCCCUGAUUUAGGCUAACAAAUAUUUUACAAAGUCAAGUGAAAUUACUAUAAAGGAUAAACAGAACAAUGUUGACAGGUAAAAAGUCUGACAAGUCUGACAUUUUAACAGGUUAACACUGUUUUGGUAGAAGGAGUUUUUUAUAAAACAAAUCCAAAAACAUUUUGUAUAAAUGAGGCCAGGGGUUUCUUAGCCUGUGGUACCAGCACAUUAUCAUCCGGCCUGAAGACUGUGGGAGCAUUUCUGAAUCUGUCCAUUUUCACAAACGACCAGGUUCAUGACUGAAGCGCCCAAAUACUCGCGUCACCAUUCACAUGAAAUAGCAACAUAGACACUAGAGUUAAAGGCAUUUAUUGCAAUCAUGCGUGCAUUUUGAUACAAUAUUAUGUUUUGUAAAUGCACAAUGUUUCGUUGGAGAUGAUUGAUAAUAGAAGCAAAAACUCUGACUCUGUGUUGCCCCCUGUUGGUGUCAUUCUGGUUCAUACAUUCCAUUUUUUUGUGUCCUCCUCAACUGUACUGCAGUGACUGAAUACUGUGUCUCUGGCCUUAGGCCCCUGUCCUUUUCUCAGUGAGCGCAAAUUUUUUUUUUUUAAUUUGAUUUUAUUUUAUUUUUUAAUCAAAAUGUUGUUUGACUUCAAACUAAAGAAACUGUUCAAUUUGGUAUAGGGCUGCAUUUAGGUAGAGGGCAUGUGGCUUCAGUUGUAUCUGUGGCUGUGUUUUUGGCUUCUGUCCUCUCUAAAGGCAGCUGUUGAAGUGGUCAGUUUGGACUGAGCCCAAACUGAAAGACUUAAAGAUGUGUCCAAGAGCGGACUGUGAAACAGACGAAUGUGUUUUGGGGAGACUUGCCCAGUUUAGUUAGAGCACCUAAAAGCAAUAUUUUAAACACCUUGCAUCUUGACAGGUAAUUAAAAUAAAUCAGGAAUUCUUCUGGUUGUUAUACAA